CUUGCCUACAUGGAUUUCUUCAACUGGAUCUUUGCUGCACUGCAGGACUGACUUUGGAAACAAAACAUACUCAUCCUGUCCAACCAUGGUCCAUGUGGAGUUUCGGUCGGUCACCCAGCCUCUGGGCAUCAUGCGAACAAUGGCGGCCAUUCUCACUUGUAUGUGUUUUAGCCUGGUGGCAACAGUGGGAUAUGUGUCAUCUCCCUAUUGGGCAUGGUGCAUGUUCACCUGGUGCUUCUGCUUCUUCUUCACCUUCCUCAUUGUCAUCCUGGAGUUCACCACUGUCAAUACAAAAUUACCUUUCGCCUGGGAAGAUUUCACCACUGCCUUCGCUAUGCUGGCGACCCUCAUGUGCUUUGCCGCCUCUAUCAUCUACCCCACCUUUUUCACCUGCACGACCUGCCACCGUCAGAUAGGUGCCUCUGUGGUGUCCUGGGUGUGUCUCGGGGUGUAUGUAGGAGAAGUGGUCUUAACUCGCCUUCAUCCGAGUGGGGAGAACAUCGGGUUCCUCUCCACGUUGCCAGGCAUAAUGAAGAUGCUGGAGACGUUCUUCGCCUGUCUGAUUUUCACGUCCCUGGAGAAAAGCCAGUUCGGCUCCCCAGGACUGCAGUGGUGCGUGGCCGUGUACUCCUUGUGCUUCAUCUUUUCCAUCGUGAUAAUCCUUCUCACCCUUGGAAAGCUGACUUCUUAUUUUCCAUUCUCUUUUGAGAAGCUAGUGAUUGUCUAUAAUAUUUUGGCAGCAGUGAUGUAUAUGACAGCUGUGGUAAUCUGGCCACUGUAUAGUUUCCACACCAAGAGACCCAGUAACUGCGGCUCCCUCUGUCCCUGGGAUAAACUGGUGGUGGUCACAUUCAUGACGAUCAUAAACUGUAUUGUUUACACCCUGGACACUGUCUAUUCUAUAGGCCUUGUGUUCUUUGUCAGUAACCAGUGAAAAUGCAGCUUAACUGAGAACAAAAUGUGCCUAGGUUUGAAUUAAUGUUAACAGAAAUACUUGGGACAGGGUUUUAUACUGUGCCAAAGUUAGAAAGAUGUAUUAUUGUUGUUGCU